AUGAUUCUCUCCCUCGGUCCUCAGCUGAAGUAUCCUAUAACUAUCAACCGGAUACUCAAAAAGAAGGGCGAUUCCGUCAAGAAGCAAGAGAAUAUCUUAGAAUACACAUUCACGUGGCUGAAGACAGUCGGUGAUAGUACCUCGGAAUGGAAUCAAUGGCAAGAAGAACAAACAACGAUUGCGGACUGGGAUAGUCCUGUGGACGGCAGCAUCAAGCAAUGGAAGCUGAGGGAAGGAAUGGUCAUCACGAAGGAUAUGCCCUUUGUGGAGAUUGAGGAGGCGUGUCCGCAUUCGGUGCAGUUCCAGGGACUCUGCGGCAUGUGCGGCAAGGAUAUGACAGAGAUGUCGUGGGCGAGCGCGGGUGACGAUACGGAGCGCGCAAAGAUCAACAUGAUCCACGACCAGACGGCGCUGCGCGUUAGCCACGAAGAGGCAUCGAAAGCGGAACAGGAGACACAACGGCGGUUGCUGCAGCAUAGGAAACUGUCGCUGGUGGUGGAUCUCGAUCAGACUAUCAUACAUGCUUGUAUUGAGCCUACCGUUGGAGAGUGGCAGAGCGAUCCGACUUCGCCGAAUUAUGAGGCUGUUAAGAAUGUGAGGUCUUUCCAGUUGAAUGAUGAUGGUCCGAGGGGCGUGGCUUCAGGAUGCAAUUACUAUAUCAAGAUGCGACCUGGCCUGAAGGAGUUCCUAGCUAGCAUUGCGGAGCUAUACGAACUACACGUCUACACAAUGGGUACUCGAGCAUACGCCAUAAAUAUUGCCAAGAUCGUGGACCCGGACAAGAAGUUAUUUGGAGAUCGAAUUAUCAGCAGAGAUGAGAACGGCAAUAUGACGGCAAAGAGUCUGGCACGAUUGUUCCCCGAGAAUACGAAGAUGGUGGUUAUUAUUGAUGAUCGUGCGGAUGUGUGGCCAAGUAAUAGGCUCAAUCUGAUCAAAGUCGUUCCAUAUGACUUCUUUGUUGGAAUCGGAGACAUCAACUCGAGCUUUUUACCAAAGCGCGAGGAAUUGCCAAAACCCGAUGCGCCGAAGAAGCUCUCGAAGUCGGAAACAGAAAAGACAGCAGAAAACCCAACCGAGGAUGAUGCUCCAGCAGCGCCAAAGCUAGCCGAGGAAGAGAAGAAGGAUGAAUCAAAGCCUAGCCAAGGAGGCAAGGUUAGCGCAUUAGAAGAGCUUGUCCGAAUGGGUGGAGGCGACGAUCAACAAUUACUACAAGAGCAAACAGCAGAGCAAGAGAAGUUCUUAGAGAAGCAAAUCAAGGACCGGCCAUUACUUCACAUGCAAGAGGAGCUCGAGAAGGGAGAGAGCGAUGAAGUCGAAACCGAGGCCACGGAGGAGAAAGAGAAGAAUGGAGAGGCGACACAGGAGCCACAUCCGCAUCACAGACACAAGAUAUUGAACGACAACGAUGAUGAACUUAUUCAUCUGCAACAACAUCUUACGGCAGUGCAUAAAGCUUUUUACGAUGAGUAUGAUGGCAAACUUGUCAAUGCUCAUGGAGGCCGAAUUGCGCAGCUUAAGCCAGGACACAACAAGAAGGUGUCCAUCAAGGGGGAUAAGGCAGAUCUUCAGAUAGUUCCUGAUGUUGCUAUUGUAAUGCCGCGGCUCAAGAAGCAAACAUUGGCUGGUUGCGUAAUUGUGAUGUCGGGGCUAGUGCCGUUGGGGGUUGAUUUAUUAAGGUAUUUCAAUUCAUUUACAACUCAGAUAUCACAUGAUGAUGCUAUCAAGGAGUCGGGAAUUAUGCUGGAUGCUGACGUUGUUGAAACAUUUAGGUCUGAGAUCGCUCUACAAGCGGAAAGCUUCGGGGCUAAAGUCGAAAUCAAGGUCUCGAAGAAAAUCACACACCUUGUCGCUUCGACGAAUAGGACACGUACGACCAAAGUUCGGCAAGCGGCUCGAUAUCCAAAUAUCAAGAUCGUGAACCAAUUAUGGCUCGUAAAUUCCAUGAGCAAGUGGGCGAAGGAGGAUGAGAACGAAUAUCUCGUCCACAUUUCCGAAGCAGACCGCAAACCCCGCGACGGCGACCUUUCCAGCGGCACGGAAGGAGUCCAUGCCUCUGACGAAUCCUCCGAUGAAGAUGACAUCCCUGCUGGCAGCCAGUCGGUCAGCAGCAGCAGCGAAGAUGAAGACGCGGAAGGCGUCAUCCCUAGCGAUAUCGAAGGGCACUCUCCAAUCGACGACUUAAAGGGCUUCAAUUGGGACGAAGUCGACGAUGAGCUCGCGGAAUUCAUGGGCAGUGAUUCGGAGAGUGAAAACGACAGUGAUAGGGAGAGCAUUAGGGGAAUGAAGAGGGCGAGGAGUGAGAAGAGCGAUGAUGGCGAGGAUAGUGAUGAGAGUACGAGCCGUCUGGUUAAGAAGCAAAAUACGGCGAAGAGCAGAAUGACGGGCUUGAAGAGUGUAAAGACGCCGCAGAGCAUCAGUAGUCUUCCUACACCAGGUGUUACAGGGGAUGAAGAGGAUGUGGUAGAGGAUGAUAGUAGUAUUGGAGAUGACCUGGAGAAGGAAAUGGAGGCGGAAAUGGAGGCAGAGUUGGCGCGCGAGGAGGAGGAAGAGGCUAAGAGUGGUGGUGGCUAG